AUGCUUGCGAGCCAACUAGGCCGGCCACUAGCAUGGCUGGCUUUGGCAACCACGAUAGUGGCAGCCAACACUUCCAAAAUUGCAACUCCCACAUCUGAUGCAGGAUCAUCAUCGACGGCAACUGCCACGACUUCCUCCUCGACCGGUAUCACGACCCAUACGAUCCAGGUGGGACCGAAAUCAAAUCCACACCAAUUUGAUCCAUCCGAAAUAAAGGCCAAUGUGGGCGAUAUUGUUGUCUUCGAAUUCUAUCCAACGAACCAUUCCGUUGUACAAGCAGAGUAUGACGCUCCUUGUAUACCAGCAAGCGGGGACAUCUUUUAUUCGGGACCAUUUGCGAAUUUUAACCUGCAAGGUGGGCAAAUCGUCGGACCACCCCCGACCUGGUCUUUGCGAGUUAAUAAUACCGAGCCCACAUUCUUCUAUUGCACUGCAAUAGAUUCAUGCACGAAAAAUGGAAUGGUCGGAGUGAUCAACCCGAACACAACCCAGUCAUGGGAAACGCAAUACGCAAAAGCACUGAAAUACCCUUACAUGCUAGUUCCAGGCCAGCCCAUACCCCCCGAAGGCGACGGCGGAGGCGACAGUUCCAGCGGUAACGACAGUUCCAGCGGUGACGACAAAAGCAACCAUGAUAAGCAUGGGCUUAGCACGGGGGCCAUCGCAGGUAUCGCCGUUGCAGCCGUGGCCUUUGUCGCCAUACUGGUGGCAUUAUUCUUCGUGCUUGGUCGCAACCGUGUUUACUCGCAGUGGAUGUCCUCGGAAGAUGGUCGCACCGAACGUACCGCACGGUGGGCACUGUUCAAUCACGGCGACAACGGGAAAAGCGAAGUUGGAAGUGCUGUCCCUACCCACAAAUCAGGCCCUGUCGACAUGACCUCAGUCUCGAGUCCGGAUCCAACUGUGCGCGCAAUGUCACCUGAGGUGGGAGUCUACUCGGGUCCUGCGUCGCCGUUGGCGCAGCAAGGCCACUGGAGCUGGAAUGAGCCUAUUCCACGCACCCGUGAAAGUGCGAUCGCUACAGAGCUGGAGGGUCAUCCGAUUAUAUGGGAGGCACCAGGCAGUACCCCGCACGAUCGGGUCUGA